UGAGCAAAAGUGCUUUGGACCUACCUACAAGGGAGUUGUAAGUAGCUUCAUUGUAUAGGAUGAAGGGCAAGUGAAGGAAAUUUGAACCGUUAGAUACAUCUAUAUAUUUGAACCCUACACUUCCACUUCUCACUCUUUCUCUACUACACAUUCACUCACAAUGAAGCCCAAGAAUCCAUGCACCAUUCUGCUAUCCUCAGUUUUCAUCAUAUUUCUUCCCUCCUUAAUCUCUUCACAGACCUGUCAAAGAACCUGUGGCAAAAUCCCCAUCAAGUACCCCUUCGGCACUGGCCCUGGCUGUGGCGAUCUCCGCUUCCAGCCUUAUGUAACUUGCAGCCAGCAACAGCUCACGUUUGCAACCCACACCGGCUGCUACACCAUCACUUCCAUAGACUAUGACAACCAAGUGAUUUACAUUUCUGAUCCGACCAUGUCAACGUGUUCGUGCACACAGCCCAGCAAAGGCUUCAGCCUAGACUGGGAUGCUCCGUUCAGUUUCAGUGACGACACAGUUUUCGCCCUGCUUGACUGCUCAACAACUUCUUCACCGGUCUACAGAACCGGUGGUGGAAACAACUCCACUUUUCCUAUGUGUGAUUCUCAGGGUGCAUCUGUGUGCAGCCUGUUAUAUUCUUGUGAAGCAAUCAGCAGGCUUAGCCUCCCAAUAUCCACUUGCUGCGUGUACACGCCAGUGGAUCUUGGCCCUUCGUUUGACAUGAACUUGGAGAAACUGCAGUGCACGUCUUACUCUGCAUUGGUUGGAUUCAACAGCCAAGAAACCAAUCCUGAGGGAUGGAGAUAUGGGAUUGGACUGAAGUACAAGUUCAACUUCAAUAACGACUAUCCAGAAUUAUGUGCAAGCUGUGAGAAGAGUAAUGGAGUUUGCGGAUAUAACAACAGUCCGUACAAGUCAUUUGCAUGUAAUUGUCCUGAUGGGCUGAAUACAACAACAGAUUGUUUCUAUGAACAGUCUUGGAGCCAUGGUUCAAGAUUUCUCCCCUGGAAAACCAGGACCCUGUCGAUCGUCUUCUUCACAUUAUUCAUUCUUUUGGCCUAUAUGUAGGCUGAAGAUGGGAGAUUCAGUAAAUUUCAAAUAUGUGCCAAAUUACAUGAUCUUGAAUAACUACAAGUUUCUGCAUUGAGCAGAAACAUGGUCUCCUCCGUUUGAUGUAAAUUGUGGAUAUUGUCUUCCUUUCCUAUCCGUCAAUUAGUUGAAAAUCUUGUACUACUACUAAAUCAAGAAGAGUGGAAUUCGUUCUCUGAGUUCUCAGUUA